AUGGCUCCCAAAACGCUACCAACAGAAAUCCCGACCACGGCACCGGAUGACAGAUGUGAAGAAGAUGAACCGGUCGAUUGUGUCGAAGUACUGGUGGAGCUAGACACAAGCGUGGAAUUUGACUUUGAGAUCGAGGUGGAGCUUGAACUCGAAACUGAAGACAAUGUUGGCGUGGGCUCGCCCAGCUUCUGA